UGUCGUUAAGUCAACGAUCCAAUGUAUCCACAUCAUCGUUGACGCCCCUGUGCUCAAGCGAUUCACCAUGUCCCUCCGCACCCGCGGUGACCUCAGCAUAUCCGUCUCGGCACCACUAGUGGAUAAGGUCUCGUGGCGGUGCUUGUAUACUGGAUCAACCGCCGGGCUUGGCCUCUGGGGACUCUCUGCAGUGAGAUUAGAGACAGAGGAGAGCAAAGGAGUAAAGGAGGAAGACGAUGUCCCUCGUGUCCAUGUCUUGUGCCUACACAUGUUUGCCAGACCAUAUCCACGUGGUUAUUCAGACGAUCAGCUCGGCUUUGCGAUGGAGAUAGAGAAACAUAUGAUUACGGACUUCUCUGGCUUAGAGGUGCAUCUCAGAACAACAGAACAUGUGUUUGGAGCAUUUCUGUUGCGGCUACUUGGGAUGCAUCGGAUUCGCACUGCUACAAGAAGCCUUAAAAUCGUCCUACAAAGAUUUGAGAUGAAAGACAGAUGUACACCCCUGGUGAAUUGUUCUUGUGAUGAGCCAAAGGACUGGAGAGCGCAGACAAUCUCUUUGGCCAAUCUUGAAAAGGUGGAAAUUAAACAAUUCAAUGGGCAGGAUCAUGAGUUUGAUUUCUUGAAAUUGAUAUUUCGAUGUGCACCAAUGCUUAGAAGAGUCGCCCUGGAGCUGACAAAAGGGUUCACUCCAGAUAAUGAUUGGUGCACAGAAAUACACAGCAUCUUCAUGGGGUAUCCUUCUGUGGAAUGCACCGUUGAUCAUAGUCCAGGGUCGAUGCACCACAGGCCAAGCUGUGUGUCAACAUGAUUCUAAUCAUUAGAUUUGCAGAUUCGUAGUGAUUAUCGACAAGAUCAUCUUCUCGCGAGCGGGCCUAACUCCACCAUCUUACUUGAGAAUUCUGCUUGGUCAUCUGGAUGGAUAAAAUGAGCUGCCGAGGUGUUACUUUGCGAGUGUACAUGGUGGAGCCGCAUGAAAUGUUGUGCUGGUGGUCUUAAUGAAAGAUUGAAUUGUAGCCGUACGUGGCCUAUAAGUUGCCAUUGUUAAUCCUUGAAGAAAAGCAUCGA